CGCAGCCGCAGAUUCAAUUCGUCCAGCGGUGACAACAAACAGCAUUGGAGAAAAUGGGCACAGCAUUGGCAUCUAAAUCAUUUUGAUAAGAUAAACACUUACAUCAAACCAUCAAAACGCGUUUGCUAUUGUCUCAUAUUAUUUAGUAAUCAAAACUGAAGUUUUAAAAUGCCUAGCAACAAGAUGGACAAGUCUGACAAGCCGGAGGUCAUGGACAACGUCAAAGUGGUUGUGCGAUGUCGCCCGCUGAACCAGAAGGAGAGGAGUAUGGGCCACAAGCAGGCCGUCAGUGUGGAUGAGAACCGAGGGACCAUAACCGUCAACAAAUUAGAGACCACCCACGAACCCCCCAAGACCUUCACGUUUGACACCGUGUUCGGACCAGACAGCAAACAGCUGGACGUUUACAAUCUGACAGCCCGCCCCAUCAUAGACUCAGUAUUAGAGGGUUACAAUGGGACCAUCUUUGCGUACGGACAGACAGGGACAGGAAAGACGUUCACCAUGGAGGGAGUGAGGGCAGUGCCAGAGCUCCGAGGAAUAAUCCCCAACUCCUUUGCUCAUGUGUUCGGCCACAUCGCCAAAGCAGAGGGCGACACCCGGUUCUUAGUUCGUGUGUCUUAUCUGGAGAUUUACAAUGAAGAAGUGAGGGACCUGCUGGGGAAGGACCAGAUGCAGAGGCUGGAGGUGAAGGAGAGGCCAGAUGUGGGUGUUUACAUCAAGGACCUGUCUGGUUAUGUGGUGAACAACGCUGAUGACAUGGACAGGAUUAUGACAAUGGGGCACAAGAACCGCUCGGUUGGCUCCACCAACAUGAAUGAACACAGCUCUCGCUCUCAUGCCAUCUUCACCAUCACCAUCGAGUGCAGUGAGAAGGGUGUGGAUGGAGACCAGCACGUACGCAUGGGAAAACUCCACUUAGUGGAUCUGGCGGGUUCUGAGCGUCAGGGGAAGACGGGAGCGACUGGCCAGCGGCUGAAAGAGGCCACUAAGAUCAACCUAUCUCUGUCCACGCUGGGUAACGUCAUCUCAGCCCUGGUGGACGGGAAGAGCACCCACGUCCCCUACAGGAACUCUAAACUCACCCGCCUGCUGCAGGACUCACUGGGGGGAAACUCCAAGACCAUGAUGUGUGCGAACAUCGGCCCAGCGGACUAUAACUACGACGAGACCAUCAGCACGCUGCGUUACGCCAACCGUGCCAAGAACAUCAAGAACAAAGCCCGGAUCAAUGAAGACCCCAAGGAUGCCCUGCUACGGCAGUUCCAGAAGGAGAUCGAAGAGCUUAGGAAGAAACUCCAAGAAGGGGAAGAGAUCUCCGGGUCGGAGGGCAGUGGAUCAGAAGAGAUGGAUGAAGGAGAUGACGAGGGAAGAGAAGGAGGAGAGGGACGAAGGAAGCGGAGAGGCAGUGGCAGCAGCAUCAGUAGCUCAGACUCCUCUAUAGAGGCACAGACCACUGAGGAGAAAUCCAAGGCUCAGACUAGGAAGAAGAAGGUUUCUCCUCACAAGAUGGUGGAGAUGCAGGCGAAGAUCGAGGAGGAGAGGAAGGAGCUAGAAGCCAAGCUGGACAUGGAGGAGGAGGAGAGGAAUAAGGCCAGGGCAGAACUGGAGAAGAGAGAGAAGGAUCUGCUCAAAGCACAGCAGGAGCAUCACCUGCUGCUGGAGAAGCUGUCAGCCCUGGAGAAGAAGGUGAUCGUAGGAGGAGUGGACCUCCUGGCCAAGGCUGAGGAGCAGGAGAAACUACUGCAGGAGUCUAACAAUGAGUUAGAGGAGAGACGCAGGAGGGCUGAGCAGCUCCGCAGAGAACUAGAGGAGAAGGAGGCGGAGCGUCUGGACAUGGAGGAGAAGUACUCCAGUCUGCAAGAGGAGGCUCAGGGGAAGACCAAGAAGCUGAAGAAAGUCUGGACCAUGCUGAUGGCUGCCAAGUCAGAGAUGGCCGACCUGCAGCAGGAGCAUCACCGGGAGAUCGAGGGCCUGCUGGAGAAUAUCCGCCACCUCAGCAGAGAGCUACGACUGCAGAUGCUCAUCAUAGACAGCUUCAUCCCACAGGAAUACCAGGAGAUGAUCGAGAACUACGUACAGUGGAAUGAGGACAUUGGGGAAUGGCAGCUGAAGUGUGUAGCGUACACUGGUAACAACAUGAGAAAACAGACCCCCGUGCUGGACAAGAAAGAGAAAGAUCCGUUUGAGAUGGACUUGUCCCAUGUGUACUUGGCCUACACAGAGGAGAGUAUGAGACAGUCACUGAUGAAGCUGGAGAGGCCCAGGUCCUCCAAGAGUAUUAGACCCAAGACUGGACGAAGGAAAAGAUCAGCGAAGCCUGAGGCUGUGAUGGAAUCCCUGCUGCAGUGAGAGAGCCAAUCAGGGCUGGAGCCCCAUGUACUGCAAUGAAUCUACACUACUUUACCUUAGAAUGAACAACAGUCAGUCAAUGAAUCUACACUACUUUACCUUAGAAUGAACAACAGUCAGUCAAUGAAUCUACACUACUUUACCUUUAGAAUGAACAGCAGCAGUCAAUGAAUCUACACUACUUUACCUUUAGAAUGAACAACAGUCAGUCAAUGAAUCUACACUACUUUCUCUUUAGAAUGAACAACAGUCAGUCAAUGAAUCUACACUACUUUACCUUUUAGAAUGAACAACAGUCAGUCAAUGAAUCUACACUACUUUACCUUUAGAAUGAACAGCAGCAGUCAGUCAAUGAAUCUACACUACUUUACCUUUAGAAUGAACAGCAGCAGUCAGUCAAUUAAUCUACACUACUUUACCUUUAGAAUGAACAGCAGUCAGUCAAUGAAUCUACACUACUUUACCUUUAGAAUGAACAGCAGCAGUCAGUCAAUGAAUCUACACUACUUUACCUUUAGAAUGAACAGCAGCAGUCAGUCAAUGAAUCUACACUACUUUACCUUAGAAUGAACAACAGUCAGUCAAUGAAUCUACACUACUUUACUUUAGAAUGAACAGCAGCAGUCAGUCAAUGAAUCUACACUACUUUACCUUAGAAUGAACAACAGUCAGUCAAUGAAUCUACACUACUUUACUUUAGAAUGAACAGCAGCAGUCAGUCAAUGAAUCUACACUACUUUACCUUAGAAUGAACAACAGCAGUCAGUCAAUGAAUCUACACUACUUUACUUUAGAAUGAACAGCAGCAGUCAGUCAAUGAAUCUACACUACUUUACUUUAGAAUGAACAGCAGCAGUCAGUCAAUGAAUCUACACUACUUUACCUUAGAAUGAACAGCAGCAGUCAGUCAAUGAAUCUACACUACUUUACCUUAGAAUGAACAACAGCAGUCAGUCAAUAGUCGAACAUGAAGAUCUUUAUUGUCGUUAUUUAAAAAGAUUUUGUUAAUACACUGUAUAGCCAAGUAAGGUUUUAAAUGUGAAGGGAGGAGAGGAAACGGUUGAUCGGUCAGGGAGGGAGGGAGCAGGCAGCAGAAACUGUACUGUAGGGUUUAGCCAGCGUCCCAAAUGGUGCAGCCUAUUCCCUAUUUAGUGCACUACUUUUGACCAGAGCCCUAUUGUCACCCUAUGAGCCCUGGUCAAAAGUAGUGCACUAAAUAUGAAAUAAGGUGUCAUGUGGACCUGCCCCUUGGACUGCUCAAGUCAAGGGGACCUUGUAUUAUAAUAAGGGGAGGCUUGUUGAGGAUAGUCAGCUUAAUGUUGAUUCUUAAUGUAGUCAUCGAGCACAGUUCAGUGGGCAACACACAGGCUGUGUCCCAAAUGAAACCCUAUUCCCUUUAUAGUGCACUACUUUUGACCAGGGCUCAUAGGGUGUCCCGUAAGGCUCUGGUCAAAAGUAGUGCACUAAAUAGGGAAUAGGGUCCCAUUUGGGACGUAUGAGAUUAGUCUAUGAUGAGCACAAGCCAUGGUUUUUGAUCAGGUCUUCAAAGACAAAAGCGACGACAACAACUAACACUGUUUUGAGAUGCCGACGCCACCACUUCUACUGGCAGGAUGUAAUGGAUGCAUCUGAUGGCCUUUAACAAAAGAACAAUUCCAGAAAUGAUUCAUAUGUGCACCACAGGUCAUAAUGCCCUUAUUUCAAGCAUCAGACUUAUGGGCGUCUAAAGUGUGCUUUAAGCUUGGUUUCCCCUAUGUCUGAAGGGUAGGACAUGCAUGCCAUACCGCUUCCAUAGACGGGUUGGUUGUUUAGCAACGAUACCGACGAGUGCGCAACUAUGGGACAAACUACAGUAUAUUUAGUCUCCAAAUGUUUAUUGAAAACAAAUACAUUUGCACAAUGAGCGCUUAUCUCUAAAGAUGCAUCGUUACAGUUGUCGGUUAGCUAGGGUAUUUUCACCAUGUUAGCAUGGACGUGACAUCAGUCGAAACACCUCCGAAUAAAACGGGAUAGUAAUAACAAGAUACAACAAGCUGAAACCAGCCUCCUGCGAUUCCCCACGUAGCAGCUUCUUGUCAUUGUUGUUAGCUAUCUGACUGUCCAGAAUUAUAACACCACACGCACUUCUGCCUUAUCGACACACACAUCAUUUCCCUGAUGUCAGCUAACCCGUCUAUAUAGUUGUGCCAUUCACCCAUUAAACACUAACUAAGCCAUUUAUUGUCACGCUUUGAUUUCUUCCUUUUCAUCUCAUCGUUCAUGGUGUAUUGUAGUGGAAGCAAAGUGUCUUUAUUUUUGGAAUAUACUGUAUUUCAAAUGUUUACAUCUACUGAGCCCCCCCCCCCCUGUAUUUUAGUAAUGUAUUAAAUUAUUGCACAUGUUUAAUCUCA